UACACAGGCGGGGCCGGGCAAUAAAAAUCCCGGUCCUCAGAACUGUGAGGCCAGCGCUCUACAGCUGCCCCACCUUGCCGCCUGGACAAAUGUUUUCUUUAUCGAGCAAAUGGUUUGAAACAGACCCAUGUGAUUGGUGGAGGUUUGCUGGCACCGAAAGCGCCUGUCUUUUUUUCACGAGCGGAUUGGGUGAAACGCUCGUCAAUCACGUUUGGCCCGCUACUCCCCGAUCUCAAAUCAGUUCGGUGUAAUUAUGUGUAUUGUAACCUGAGUAGCGGAGCGCUCGGUCUGGUUACGGAUGUAACUUCAAGAAAUAAUACACGGAAAUGACAAGAUUAUCACGCUACACGCCUUGUUGUGUGCCUUUUUAGUAUUUUUCUUUGUUUCGCCAUCUUUUGGUUCACGGAUUUUUGUGUUCCUUUACUGCCCGAGUCAUGUAUCCUUGACAACACAGCAACUGUCCUGGGGAAGUUUGGAUCAAGUGUGUUUCCCGAGACAUGGAAUAUUUUCGUUUGUAUUUGAACUCUCUAACGACUUGAAAUGUUUGCGGCGCCUUUUGGAACUGUUUUGAACAUGUUUUAUGUAGUUCAGCGCGUUUGGGAAUCUUGAACCAUGCGUCGAGGGAACAGGGAUAGAGCAACACAAUAGCAAGGGUGAGAGAAAGCUCAUCCGUUGUGGGGAAGUGGACGCCUCGCGGCUGCUUUGUAUUGUCCUGUGUGGAGACCUCCAACCAGCAUCGAGUGACUGAGCAACAGGGAGCCAGGCCCGGCCACCAUGGAUGGGACUCUUUCCGAUCUGCUGGCAGCCUUUUUGGAGUCGCCACUGGUUUUGUGGGUGCGGACUUUGGGUCCACUGGGGUCAUGUGACAAUGCAGACUCAGAGGAGCGUGUCAACAUGUUCGUUGAGCUCGUGGAUGGCGUCUUCCUGCACAAGAUCAUGACACACAUUGAUCCCAGCCAUAACAACCAGAUGCUGAACAAGAAUGUGAACAAUGAUGUGUCACUUCGCCUUCACAACUUGACCCUUCUCACGAGACACAUCAGGACAUACUACCAGGACACCCUUCAGCAAUUAAUUUUGAUGCCUCUUCCAAACAUUCUCUGCAUUGCCAGGGAUCCCUUAUCAGCAAAGAGCAUGGAAGAGCUGAAAGGAAUUUUACUGUUGAUACUUGGCUGCGCAGUCCAGUGUGAUCGUAAGGAGGAGAUGAUCGAAAGGAUCAAACUGCUGAACAUUGAGACCCAGGCAGCCAUUGUCGCCCACAUCCAGGAGGUAACCCACAACCAGCAGAAUGUUCUUGACGUUUCAUGGCUGGAGGAAGGAACAGGGCUUGCACAUGAAGAACUUGAACCACUGUCACGCAGCAUGGCUACAUCUCUACAGCAACUGAUUGCGCAGAGAGACAAAGCCAGUGAGGUCCUUGUUGAUCUUACCCAGGAGAGAGACUACUUGUCCAGCCUGAAUCCCCAGGAAAGACAAAUAAGUACGCCAGAAGAAGCGAACAUUUCUGGACGUUUGUUAGUGAGUAACAAAGGAUCAGCCUUGACUGUGGCCAGCCUCACCAAAGAAGAGAAGCAGCAUUUGUCCGUAGAGCUCGCUGAGACCAAGGCCAAGCUUCGCAGAUAUAGACAAGAACUAGAAGAGAAGAUUGAACAGUUGAUGGAUUCCAAAUACGAGGUGGAGCAUCUAAAUCAGCAGCUUCAGAUACUGAAACAAGAGAACCAAUCCCUGUCUUGUGAGGCUCGCUCUGUACGAGUUUAUCGGGACGAGGUUGACUCCUUGAGGGAGAAAGCAGCCCGGGUCGACAGACUAGAAACUGAACUCACCCGAUGUAAAGAGAAACUCAAUGAUGUUCACUUCUACAAGACUAGAGUGGAGGAGCUACGUGAAGACAACCUGACGCUGAUGGAGACAAAGGUGUUGUUGGAGGAGCAAUUAUCAGUCUCCAGAGGGCGGUGUGAGAAAGUCCACGCUAUGGAGAAAGACAACAUGCUACUACGAGCUAAAAUAAAUGAUUUGGAAAUGGAGAGGGACAAUGAACGCCGGCGAUUAGAGGAGCUGGUGGAGGAGAACAUGCUUCUGGAGAUCGGACAGAAACAGAGUAUGAACGAAUCAGCUCAUCUGGGAUGGGAACUGGAACAGCUCACCAAAAACCUAGACAAUUCUAACUCGGAGUCCCGGAAAUCAUUUGUCCAGGAGGUCAACGAGUGUGUCUCCAGCCGUGUGUUGAAGCUGGAGAAAGAGAACAAGGAGCUGCAAACCUCGAUUGAGAGACUAAAAGAGGAGAAUCACCAUCUCCUGGAAAAGCAGCUCCAUACCCAAGAGUUAGACAGGGAGACCCAAGGUCUCAGUAAAAAGUUGGAGCGUCUCCAGGUCUUGUUGGACCAGGAGAAAUUGACAAAUCAAGACAUGGAGUCCCUUGGAGAUGAAUUAUUGAAGGAAAAACAAAAUCUGGAAAGAGAAAUGCACGCUUUAAGAGCAGAAAAAGACAGACGGAUUUCAGAAUUGGAGAGUGAGAACCAGUAUCUAUCUGAUGCCAUGGUGUCACUCCGUGAGCGUGCUCAAGCUCACAGUGAAACAAGAGUCCGUGAGGUAGAGGCUGAGAAUCGCCUCUUACACCAAGGCGUUACUGACACCAGUGCCCGUUUAGCAAGUUUGGAAACUCAACUAAUGCUGUACAAAGAAGAAGCAGACAGGCUGAGGGAGAGGGCAACAAGAUGUGAUGAGGUAGAGAUGGAGCUGGUCAGGGUGGAGAGAAACAGGGAUGCUCUUCACAGAGAGGUGACAUCGCUCCGUCAAUGCAGUGACACUUCAGAGUUACUUGAGAAACAGGUGUCCUCCCUGGAGCAGGAGGUGCACAGAUUUAAACGGGAGGCAGUGGAGGCUCAGCAAGGGCUUCAGCAACUGAAGAGACAGGAAACUAAUAUUACCCUCCUGACAAAGGAAAACUUGGAACUCCGAUGCUCAGUGGAAAACCUGCGCUCCUCAUCCUCUUACCUCACGAAACAACAGGAAGAUUAUAAGGAGUCACAGAAAAAGUUGCAAGAAAUCCAAGAGACGUUGGAUGAGGUUGGAGUGGAGUUACAAGGGGAAAGGAAGAGAGGAGACAGGCUGGAGAUAAAUGUCACCACAUUAACUCAAGUGAAAAAUCGGUUAGAGGAUGAUAUGGAGAGGUUUAAAGAGGAAAAUGCUGGAUUGAAGAAAGAGAAGCAGAAAAUAUUGAGUAGGCAGGAAGAGCUAAGAAAGGAAGUAGAAGAUCUGAGUCAGGAGCAGAGGAGGAGAGAAGAAGGUGACAAGGAGAGACGAAAAAUUCUGUUGGACCUGGAACAGUCUGAGAAGGGAAGGAAGCACUUGGAGAAAGAGAGUUGGAGAAAUAAAAUGCUACUGGAAGGUAAAGAAGUAGAGCUGGAAGAGAAGGCUAGUCAGCUGGCUGUAGUGAAGAAAGAGGGUGUCGAUAUGAGAAAAGAGAUUAGCAUGCUCAAGGAGGUGGCAGUCAAAGCCAAAGAGUUGGAGAGGGAGAAUAAGGAGCUGAACAAACAAGCGACCAUAGACAAGAAAACUUUGGUUACACUGAGAGAGGAGUUGGUGUCAGAGAAGUUGAGAGUCCAGCAGCACAGUGUUGAGUUGGAAAGACUUAAUGAAGAACUGGAAAAGGUUGGAUUGAACCGAGAAAGACUACUACAACAGGAGCACAUGCAGGAAGACAGCAAGUACAAGCUGCUUGAAUCUCGACUGGAGGAAACAGUUCAACAAACAAUGAAGAUUAAAGAGGCUAAAAUCUCCAGUUUGGAAAAGAAAAUGGAAGAGUGCAACGCACACAAUGAUACACUACGUACAGAGCUAGCAACUGCUCUUCAAAAACUGGCUACCUCGUCUCAGCAACAGGAGAGACAACAAAACCACAAGUCCCCUGUGUGCUUAGGAGGAAAUGGGCGAAGGGAGUCAGCCACAGCUGAGCUGCUCCGUAUUAAAGAUCAUCUCAUUGAAGUAGAGAAGAAUAAUGCCUCGCUUCAGACUCAGAGCAGUUUGUUGAAGGAGCAUCUUAAACAACUAAAGAAUCAGAACAGUUCACUUGACAACCAGAUGGCGACACUGCAGCGACACACAACAGUGUUGCAGGAGCAGAAUUCAGCUCUCCAUACUAAGACAGCACAACUUCAGGUGGAAAACUCCUCACUGUCUUCCCAGAGUGCAUCUCUUAUGGCUCAAAAUGCUGUGUUGCAAGGCCAAGUCACUGCCUUGGAGACUGAGGUGGAGUCUUGGCAAAGACAGCGAGAGGAGGCAUGGCGAGGAAGAGAGAGUAUUCUCAAUGAUCAUGAACGUCUUCUGAGCGUUCAUGAGAGGCAAGCAUAUGAGUACGAGCAGUUGAUCAGUCAACACACUGCUCUGAAAGUCAAACAAAGGACACUGGAGAGCGAACACAGAACAACUCACAGCAAGUAUUGUGCUUUGUUACAGCAAAAGGAAAAAUGUGAGGCGAUAGAAGAGCAGGGUCAGAAGGACAGGGAGGAGCUAAACCAAGAACACCAGAAAAAUCAGCUCCUGCAGCAAGAGAAUCUUCAGCUUAAAGCUGAAGUGGACAGGUUGUUUCAAAGCGAAUCCCAAAAAUCAGAGCAGUACAACGACCUACAUCAACAGAUGAAUGAUCUCAAGAGCUCAUUGAGCACUGCCCAGCUGGAAGUGAAUCGAUGGAUGACACGAUAUGACUUGCUAAUGGAACAACACCAGGGCUUGGACCUCACUAUGACAAAACUAGACCACCACUGUGAGCUACUAAGUCGCCUGAAAGGGAACCUAGAAGAAGAAAAUCAUCACCUCCUGAGUCAGAUCAACAUUCUGAGUCAGCAGAACCACACUCUGCUGGAGAGAAACAUGGAGAGCAAAGAGCUUUAUCAUCAGGAGCAGAAGCUCUACAUUGAUAAACUGAAUGGUCUUCGUCGUCAGAAAGAGAAAUUAGAAGAGAAGAUCAUGGACCAAUACAAGUUCUAUGAUCCCACACCAAAAAAGAGAAGUCAGUGGUCUGGCGCCAAAGCUUUUGUCAAACUCAUCAAACCAAGGAAAGAGAGCAGCAGGGAGCGAGAUGGUGACCAAGACAAGGAAGGGGCCCAAGAGAGAGAAUGGGGAAAGAGUGCCCCUGAUAUCCCCCUACCUGCCCCCCCUCCCUUGCUCCUCCCUGAAACUCCACCUCCUGGCACUCAUAGGACAGGAAGGGACUCAUGGGACAAUGGCCACACCCAAAGUAAAAAUAAUAACCACAGCAACAGUCCUAUACUGGGCAUCCAGAGUCCAGCACUGACCCUUAUCAGCCGAGCUGAUUUGACUGACAGAGGACGAGAGGUCAAUCAUUGCAUCACACCAGGAGGCAGCGGUGAGAGUGUAAAUGGAGGAAUCGGACAAGCACUUACCCACAAACCUCUGUGUUCUACCCCGUCCCAUCAGUCAUCUUCACUGGCCCUAAGCAACUCCAGUACUCAGCUUGGACAAAGCGCAAGCUGUAGGCCCAAAGAUGCUCUCUUUGAUGAAGACACUCAUAGCAUAUUUGGUCCAUGUGCCUACAUCAUGGGUCAUCCAGGAUCAGACGAUUUUAGCCACCACAAGUCCACCUCAAACUCACCAGUCAACUGCAAAGAUUCAUCCGACUGUCAUCUCCGGUCAGACAGCCUGUCUAAAGAUGAUGUCAGAGGUCUCAGCCAAUCACUGCAGACCUUGUCCCGCAGUUCAACCCUCCCAUAUGACCACACACUCCAGCGAGCCCAACCACAACAUGGAGGUGGGAAUAGGACUAGUGCUCGACCUUCAUCUCCUGGAAGUGAGUUGGUGACACUAGAGGAGUUUCUGCAAGAGAACAAACUGAGGUCACCACAAAUGGUUUCGACUUGCAGCAGAGAGGACUUAAUGACUGAAUACUUCACCAGAAGUUCAGCAUUCUCAGGUCCCACCAGCAGAGAUCAGCUCACCCCCACCAGCUAUGUCACACCCACUGUAUAUACAUCUAACCAGAGGCCAGGCCAAAGUGUCAAACCAUCUUCUCGGCAGCCCGUUGGUCAACCCCAAGCCUCUGGGCAACCUACAACCCAGAGACUCAACCAGUCACUGAGCAGGACGUUUAGCUUGGCCUCUGCUGAUUUGCUCCUCUCUAAUGGGCCAGACAGUUUUCAUGGGUCCCCAAACCAAUCAAAUGUGGCAAUUCAGAGGCAAGAAGGAGGGUCAAUACCGCACCGUUUGUUCAGCUCAGCCAAUCAGCAGAGAGAAAACAGCAUUCUGAACUCACCAGUUAACCAUUUGUCUUCCCUCACGCUGCAGACAGAGAGAUAUGUCGAGAGAGAGGGAGAUAGAAGACGGACACCUGUAUCACAUAACAGUCCCUCGUCAUCUUACCAUCAACGUGGGGAGGUUGCCAAGGUAAUCCCUGUGAGGGCUGUGCCUGCUGCUGAGCUUAAUGAUCUCUUGGAACACGGAGAGGUGUUAAGGGAGGAGUACGCAGGUGACUUAGCUCACCAAAAGAAAGACAGUGAGAGGGUGAGAUGUAGCUCUGCGGAACACCCAAAAAGCACACCUGCAUCCCCAGGCCCCAACGAUGACCCCCAGACUGUGUGGUAUGAGUAUGGCUGUGUCUAAACACUGAAGCCAGUAAACAAGUAUUCUGUAGGGCCUGUCUAAAAAUAGGAACCCCAUAUACUGAACCAAAGUGGGGUUUCUGUUUGACUAAACUAUCAGGGAUAAAUAUCUUCCCAGUUUUUGAAAUGUGCUCAAUCUUCUCCUCACACGUGAUGUUCAUCUUUAGCAGUAGUUGGGAAAAAAGACAGAUUUUUAAAAUGGCUCCCAAGUUUAACUGUGUCUUCAAAGAGUGGUGCAUCUGUUUUGGGUCCACACUGAAACACUUAUUACAGUAUUGCAGAUUGCUCUGCCCCGCUCUUCUGUCAUUGUCACUAUGCUGAUACUCAGAUUGUAAUCGAGCAAACAAUCAGGACCUACGAGAAAAUACUUGGGAUGAAGAAGGUAAAAAAGCUGUGACCAAGUUGUGCUGUGACAAGGGACUUUUAGAUAAUUCCAUUGGUUUUAUUUUACUUGGGCCAAUCAAUUGAGACCUUGUGCUACUAAGUGCUUUAAGUGCACUUAAUUAACCUGAAGCAUCUGAAGUAAUUAACCUAUUCAGUAUAAUCUUUAUCAAACACUGUAGAAGGCGAACAGAGGGUGGAAAUUCUGUAGAAAUGGGUGUAAGAAUUGAGUGAGGCAGUGAGAACAAGAGAAAUGGAGAGAGGGCUGUGGGAUGGGUAAUGUGAGGACAGGAAAAUAAACAGGAGAUCGGAAGGGUUCUCAACAUCCAACACUUAAACGAUCCACAACCUGAGUCAGCACUCGUUCCACUCAGGCUACAUUUUGAUGGACUACUGUGGAGUUAAAACAAGCCACCAACCUUAUUCAUUUUGCAAUAGUGACAGGUUAAGUCUGUGAAUUCUGUGGUAUCAAACCCUUUAAAUUUGUCAGUGUCAUUCAUGGGGUUGAACCCCAACAUACAAGUGCUGAGUCGGGGGCAAUAAGUAUGCCCACUCCUCCUCGGCGCCUUUCACCAUGGGCAACUCUAGAGUAGAACAGAGUUCAAUCCUUCUCAAGUGGACUGAUGCCAGAGCUCAUGUGGUGUGUGGGGUCGAGUCUGACUAUAUCUAGGUAGUGAGCCCAAAGGACGGGGGACCCACGUUAUCCUUUCGGGCUGUGCAGCGUGAUGGUCUGCCCACCAGGUGCUCGCCUUCGAGGCCCACAUCCAGGCACGGCUCAGAGGGGGGCCCCGCUGAUCCGAGUUGGGCAAGGGAAACCUAAAUCCGUUGUUUUUAAUCAUCAUAUUGGUUUAUGGAGCCAUGCUUUGUCUGAUCCUUAAUCUAGUACCUGUUUGCCGUGGGUGACCCUGCCAGGGGUGUGAAGCCCCAGACAACUUAGCUGCGAGGAUUAUUGGGGCACACAAACCCCUCUACUAAGAUAAGAUGACGGCUCAAGGAGGAGUUUUUGUGUGGUUGGUAUUUGUGUUUACAAAAAAAGUGAGAGGUGAUGUUCAUGAGUCAUGCAAAGCAAGCUGAUUUGUUCACAUAUCUACACUGCUGUCUGUUCAUAGAAAUCUCACCUUCCACCUUUUUGACAGCAAAGAGACAAAAAAAAACACUAGAAAUAUGAUAAGGAAGAGAUGUUUACACUGGAGUUGUUAAAAAAAUUUAAUGAGGAAGCUUUCUUUCUGCUCUGCUGUCUGGGGUGUCAAGCACAUUACUAGAUUCAACAAGCUAAAUGAUUGUGAUUGUACUUGUUACAAACCCCGGAGAUGGUGGGAUGUGUUUUUAAAGUUUGUCUUAUUGUACCAAAACACAGUUGAGCUGCAAUUAUUGAAAAAAAACAGGUAAUUCUACCGGAGAUGUUAUUUAUAAAUUGCAAUACAUAAAAUUAAAAUUUUGAUUCAUUAGUGGAUUUUCCUGAUGUCAGAAGAAAAUAGAUUAAAUAUUUUCACAUUUUUUAAUAGCCUGAAAUAGCACACAACUGUGUGCCAUUAUUACUAUCCUAUUGUCUGUCUAAAAAGAAAGUUUAUUUGCAUUGCAGCCCUGUAUUAUUUUUUUUUAUCUUCCAAAAUUCACCCCUGCCGCCCAGAGAAAGAUCUCACAGUUUUGGAUGAAAGAUGUGGGGGUGGCGCUAUUGUCAAAGACAUUUCCUGGAACUGGAAUAUAUACCUGUGUAUUUCCCUGUAUUAAGAAAUGUUGACUGAGCUGCUGUGAUGAAACUAUUGUUAAAAGGCUAUUACACUGCUAGAAUACUUCACUUAACUUCACUUCUACUUCACUCUUUUGGCAAUAAA